CUUUUAGCAUGAAAAAUGCAGAAGCUUGGAGUCCAGUGGGGUCUCUGCCAACCCGGGACCCUGCAGAGAGUGGAAGUCAAAUGGAUUUUUCCAGGAGGGACUUCUGCAUCUGGCACCCCCGCCCCGUCUCAGUGGACCACUGACACGAGUAUUUUGUCCAGUCAAUGGGUGUACUCACAAAGGCAUUGGCUCCUCCCACAGGUUAAUGGGCGGAAGAGCAGAAAACAUCUGCAUGUCAACGCGGACCCCUUCAGGGCCGUGUGGCCGGGAGGAGGUUCCGCUGCGACCAGAGGGGGCGCUGUUUCCCCUCUGAGGGAGGAGGGGAGUCGCCGCCCACCCUCAAAGAAGAAUCAGUCAGGAGGAAGAGGAGCAACAGCUGGAGGAAGAGGAGCAACAGCUGGAGGUGUCGUCUGCACCGUAGAGAUGAUGAGGAGCAAGGCGGAUGAGGAAGAGUACUGGCACAGUUCCAAGUUCAAGGCUUUCACUUUCGAGGACGAAGAUGAAGAGCUCAGCAGGCUGAAGGAGUCAAAGCAGGCGGUUAACAGCAUUCGGCAGCUGGUGGAGGAAGAUGAUGAUGAUGACACGGAGAAGGUCAGCUGGAGUGGAGAGCCAGUUGGCAGUAUCUCCUGGUCCAUCAAAGAGAUGGCAGGGUCCAAUCAGAAGAUAGACAGAGAACCCGCCUUCCCCAGAAUCCCAACAGAACCAUCAACCCUUAACAAAAGUCACUCCGGACUCUCUCUGAGCUCCCUGUUCAGAGGAAAAGCAAAAUCAGAAAACUUCCAGAGCUUCUCCGACGCAUUCAGUGACUCUGUCCGGAUCUACGCUCCCGAGUUACGAAAACCUAAAUCUGAAUACAAGGAUUAUGUCUGCGACUGGUCGCCGGAAGAAACGGUUCAAAGGCUGCUGCAAGGAAAGUGUACAUGGAAGCAUACUUCAGGAUGCUGGAGUGCAGUGUCUCUGGAGAAGUUCCGUUCACUGCAGGACAAACUGCUGCUGCUGGACUUUGCAGUCGCCGCUCAUGAUGGGAACGUCAUAACUGCAGUUUUAAUUCACCUAAAGAGGUCUCUACGUAAAGAGGUUCUGUUUCGUGAGCUGCAGUCCAGGCAGACGGCUCUGAGGCAUUUCAUCCACUACCUGACUGAGAGCAGAGAGCAAAAGCUGCUGCUUGAGCUGCUCAGGGCUCUAGGCAGGACAGAAGAUAUGGCGUUGCUGCAGUAUAAAGAACACCUUAUCAUCACAGAUGAAAACAACAAGCGAGACUUCCUGAAGAGCUGUCUCAGCCUUCCAUUUUCUGCAGAAGACUCUACUCACGUUCAGGAUCACUAUACACUGCUGGAGAGGCAGAUCAUCGUUGAGGCAGCAGACCGGCAGGCGGAGCGUGGAGGAAAGGUGGAUAUAUUCCAGAAGUUUCCCAGAAAAGCUUCGAUCCUAAACAUGCCUCUGAUCACGACUCUGUACUACUGCUGCUUCUACCACUACGGGGAGCCUGAGGGGACCUUCAGCAGCCCUCUGAAUGUGCGACGCACCUUCAAGAUCUCGGAGAAGCAGUACUUUGUAACGGCGCUGGCAGCAAGGGCGAAGCUCAAGGCGUGGUCGGAUGUGGACGCGCUGUUUACGGGCAGGAACUGGUUAGGCUUCACCAGAAAGAAAUCCCCUUUGAGCUUCCACCGGGUUGUCGACGUGCUGCAGAGAAACUCCGCCCCUACACAGGUGCUACAAGACUAUGUUGCCCUAAUUGAUGAUGCAGAACUGAGGAUCAGUUUGGCUCAGAAACUGAAAUGCCAUGACAUCGUCAUCAGCACGUUCCGCGACAUGAAAGACCGGCAGAUGCUGGUGGCCUACAGAGGAAAGGUGGAGCCAGGCUCGGCCCCCGAGAGGAAGAUUGAUGAUCUGCUCAACAACCAGCAAAUUCGCUGGAAAAACUGAUGAAGCUGGACAACAGAAGGACAGCUGACUCCUCACACGAAGCACAAAGCAGGCCCCAAACUCCUCACUAUUACUGUAUUCCUGAAACUUUUUGUACAAAUAAAAGCCAAACGAAAACACAAA